GCGUCAUGAUGAAUCGUCUAGUACGCUUUACGACACUGUUGACAGCUGUAGUACUUCUUGGCGAGUUUCUCCAGUUGGUGUCCGCAGCUUGCACAUUUUAAGUUAUGGUUUAAGUUUCCACCAAAGCUGCAGUUAAAUGAGUGUUUUUGAUUUAUUUCGCGGGUUCUUCGGGGUACCCGGAGGCCAUUAUCGUGGCCGGAGGGACCCUUUCUUCGAUGCCAUGACUCAUGACGACGAUGACGAUGAAGAUGAUGAAGAUGGAUUCCACUAUGAUGGGUUCAGUGGGGAGCAGCAGGACCCCUUUGACAGCGCCUGGAGGUUUGGCUUCAGUUUUGGCCCGGACGGGAUGCGGAUUCAGGACCCCCCGAUGUUUGGCCACGUCCUCAGGGAGAUGGAGGAGAUAUUCUCCCAACUGGGUCGUUGGGAGGGACAUCCAGAGUCUGGACGCUUUGAUGUUCCCCACAUCAUGCCGCCACCACCGUCUCAGGACAGAGCAGAGAGAGGACGAGGAAGCUCCAGUGGAAACCCUCUGAGAGACUUUAUGCUCAAAUAUCCUGACAGCGACACACAACAACAAUCCAGAGAGCCCCAAGGUGAUCACAGACCUUCUUAUGAGUCACCUGAAUUUCAUGGCCGGACCCCUUUUUCCAGGUUUAAUGAUAUUUGGAGACACAAAACUCCAGAGGAGGAACACAAAGGUGACAGAGAUCUGGACUCAGCUGUGUCCUCUGGUGGCUUGGAUCAGAUUCUGACGCCACCUGCUGGUCAGGCACCCAACCAGCCCAGAACUCGGUCUUUCUUUCAGUCUGUCACUGUCACUAAGGUGGUGAAGCCUGAUGGGAGUGUAGAGGAGAGGCGUACGGUAAGAGACGGCCAAGGCAACGAGGAGACCACGGUGACUCGCUCGGGAGGUUCUGGGAUUUCUGGGGGACCAGAUCAUUCGAAUGGACCCGUGCUGCCAGGUCAGCCUGUCUCCGGUGAUCCCCACCACUUCUCAGACUUACGGGAUGAUGGCUCAUUAUUCUCCAGGUUCUUUGGAGGCUUUAAAUAAAAUGUGAAGGAGUUAGUAGAGAUGUGAGCUGGCAUAUUUAUAUUACAUACCAAUGUAUGGACAAACAGUUUCAUGGUCUUCCUUUGCCAAAACGAAUAUGUUGGAUAAAGUCUCGCUGGCUCGUUUAAGAUGAAGCUGGAAGUCCAAACUGAUCAUGCAGGAUCGAAGCUGCAGAUCCUGAAAACUAUUGAUGGUGACACACUGAGACGCUGAACAAGUCACGUUUCCAUAUUUUAUUUUUGUAUUGUCCUGUAGACAGGCCUGUGUGGAUGUGAGUGAGUGAAGAAUUAAAUAAAGACUCUUAA